AUGAUUAAUGGUGAAAGAUACUACGUCUCCUAUGAAGGCCUCACGAACAUUUGUUCGGGCUGUGGGAUCUAUGGGCAUAUGUUAGAUUCAUGUCCAAGCAGAGUUGUAUCUAAACCGGUGGAUAGUGCGAUGACGAAUCAGGGGAUGGUGGCAGCGAGUCAGGGAGAUGCAGAGGAGGGGUUUAUCAUGGCCAGGAAACCAAAACCAGUAGUACGGACCGCCGGACGUCCGGCAGCUUCAGUGACAGGGAACGGCCGGGAAGUGCCGCGUCGGGUGUUGAAGAAGAUUCCGCAGCAAAAGGAUUUAGGAAAUAUUUCCUUAUCCAAUGCUUUUGACAGAUUGAGGGAGGAUACAGAGGUGAUUGAGUUCGGGAAAGGGAAUAUAAUCAAUGAUGGGAAUAAGGAAAAUUCCUCUAAGUUGAGUGGGGCAUUUAAGGGCAAGGAGAUUGCUAAGAGCAUUGAUGGAAGUUUUGGUGGGGACCCGCGAGAUUUGAAUGGAGGUUUCAGAAGUGGAGCGGGAGAGAAGAAGUGGGGCCUAGACAUGGAAAUGGCGACAUCGGGGAAACGAUCGAGAGUAGAGAGAGACGAUUUGGGGAGAUCUGAGAAUCGUUUCGUGAGGAAAAAUGGCGAUGAUGCGCCGGUGGAGAUGGCAGGGCUGGCGGAGAAUAUCAGUCGGAACUCGAGUAGCUUCUCCUUGGGUAUGGCGGCGAUUCCGCCGUCAGUUGACUCAGUCGAUGCGAUUCCCUCGGCAGCUGGAGGGAUGGAAGUAGUGAGGGAUUAA